AUGUCAUUUUUAUCAAAGAAACGAUGGCAUGUAGGUAAUUAUAAAAACAGAUUAAAAGUUGAAUUAGCAGAAUUAGAAGCUAAAGAGAAAGAAGAAAAUGAAAAAAAUCGUUUAAAAGAAAUAAACGAACAAAAAGAAAUUUUAGAGUCAAUAGAAAAAAAAUUAGGGAAAGAGAAAGCAAUUGAAGUAGCAAGACAAAUCCAAACUUCAUUUGUUUAUGAACCACCUCCUGGAUAUUCAGUUUUUAUGGAACAAAAAACAGAGCAAAAAGAAAAAAAAAGAGAAGAAGAAAAACCAAAAAAAAAUAAUAGUUUUAAGGAUUUUAAGAAAAAAUUAAAAGAAGAUCCAAUAAAAAAGUGUGGAGAGAAAGAUAUUGAACAAUUACUAAUGUGA